UCCACUUUUGUCCCACAGGCUUCCCAACUGGUGGCAGAGAGAACAUCUCAUAGAGCUGCAACUGGUCCUCAUGCUGCUGUGGGCAUUGCUGGUCAUCUUUGCUCCAGCCAGUGAACAGGCAGACUGGCUGACCCUCAUGGUGCCCUCUUCUGUCUUUGAAGGAGAUAACAUUCUUCUGAAAUGCAAGGGAAAAGAUGACUCAAAAAUAAAGACUAUGACUUACUACAAGAAUGGAAUAAAAGUACUUUCUUUAAAACAUGUUUCAAGCUUCUCUAUCUACAGUGCAGCUUUGAGCGACAGUGGCAAUUAUUACUGUAGUGCUACUUUAACAACAUGGCGGAGAAAUAAACACACUUCAAAAACAGUGGAAAUCAAAGUUCAAGAGCUUUUUCCACGACCUGUGCUGACAGCCAGCUCUUCCCUGCCCUUGGAGGGUAGCCCAGUGACCUUGACCUGUAAGACCCAGCUACCUCCACAAAAGUUACAUGUCCAGCUCCAUUUCUGCAUCUUCAGAGAUCACCAGACCCUGUGGUCAGGCUGGAGUAGCUCCGCAGAGCUCCAGAUUCCUGCUGUGUGGAGUGAAGACUCCGGGUCCUACAUGUGUGAGGCAGAGACAGUGACUCCCAGAAUCAGAAAACAGAGCCUCCAAUCCCAGAUUCACGUGCAGAGAAUCCCUGUCUCCAAUGUGAGCUUAGAGAUCCAGGCCACUGGGGGACGGGUGAUUGAAGGAGGAAAGCUGGUCCUUCUCUGCUCGGUGGCUAAGGGCACAGGGAACAUCACAUUUUCCUGGCACAGAGAGGACCCAGAAACCAGUCUGGGAAGGAAGACCCAGCGUUCUCUGUCGGCAGAGCUGGAGAUCCCAUCCGUGAAGGGGCGUGAUUCUGGUGAAUACUAUUGUAGAGCCAGCAAUGGUCAUGGCGCCGUCCAGAGCAAGGUGGUGAAUAUCCUUGUACACAUUCCAGUGUCCCGACCUCUCUUCACUCUCGGAGCCCCUGGAGCCCAGGCUAUGGUGGGAGACGUGGUAGAGCUGCACUGUGAGGCCCUGAGAGGGUCUCCCCCAAUCCUGUACCGGUUUUAUCACAAGGACGUCACCUUGGGAAACAGCUCAGCCCCCACUGGAGGAGGAGUCGCCUUCAACCUCUCCCUGACAGCAGCACAUUCUGGAAACUACUCCUGUGAGGCUGACAAUGGCCUGGGGGCCCAGCGCAGUGAAGUGGUGUCACUCUCCAUCUCAGGGCCUGGUGGCUAUGGAGGAAAACUCCUCACAGUCAGAGUGGCUGGGGGACUGUUCGGUGCCCUUGGUUUCGCCGCUGUUGCUUUGCUGUUUUAUUCCUGUUCACGCAAGAUAUCAGGAGAAAGUUCUGCCAUUGAAGCAUUCAGAGGUGCUUCCAGUCCAAACCCUGAAGAGGGCACCCCACCCAGCCCACUCCUAGCCUUAGAGGAGCAGCAGCCGGUGUAUGUCAAUGUGCACUCUGUAGGUGUGGAUGUGAUUUAUUCCCAAGUCUGCAGCAUCCAGCAGCCACACAGUCCAGCAAACAUCAAAAGAGCUCUUCUGGAGAACAAGGACUCUCCAGUCAUCUACUCUUCUGUGAAAAAGUCCUAAGACUUGGAGGAAUCAGAGGGGAAGAUAAACAGCAAGAAUGGAGUCACACUAAAGGUUCCACAAAACCUUAUGAGAAUGCUCGAGGCCAUAUGGCAGCCAGUUUGUGCUCCAGGGAGCCUGGCAGUCAAAUGCAUGUCCUCAUUUUGUUCUCAUGUUCCCCCUUAAUAACUCCUUUUAUACAUUAAAUAUUUUUUGAACUGCUCCUGCAUCUCAGGCAUGACACAUAGAAUGUUUUUCGGCUAUAUUCUCUUAAGCUAUCAAUGCACAGACCAGGGAGGAAAGAAGAAUGAGUAAGAGAGACAUCUCACCUUUACCUACUCUGAAGUGACGAGAACAGAAUCCAUCUGUGGUCUGUUAUUCCUUCCCAACUAGAUUCAGUUGUCUUUUAUUUCCCCAGAGAACUCAAAGAUUUAAAUCUAAUCCCCUCCUGCUUUUGUGAGAACUUGAGGGUUAAGUUUGUAGAAAUAAACAUCUGCCUGAGCUGA